AUGAUCAUCCUGUACACAAUCGGAAUAUAUAAAUGGAAGAAGAAACAUUGCGUAUUGCUGACAAGUCUGUUAACUGGUGACGGAUAGAUAUCAGCGAAAAGGCCUUGGAGUUGGACAGUUCCACUACUUUUAUCCAGUUUUGUAGUCGCAGUAGCGACACCUUUUUUCUCUCGCAGAUACAGCCUCCAGUUGUAAAUCGGCGGGGCUGUUGAAACUCUUCAAUUACACCACAUUCCCCCGGCGAAAUUGUAAUCGACCUUCCGCCGAGAUACUAGCGAUUUAGAUCAUCGCAAUGAAUGUCUGUUUGGUGAAAGGGACCACAGAGCCCUUCUACAGCAAUUUGACCAAUCAAACCCAGCAGACAGGCGGGAGAAAACCAACCAGCGAGCGAACGAGUCAAAUCCCGCCCCCGUUUCUAAUCCAGUGAUGGGACUGCAACAGCAGCAGUGCUCGGAGCCCGAGGCAUGUCACGGAAAGCGGCCAGCUUCAAGUCAGAUACGCCUUGUGUCAGUUAAAACCAACAGGAUGGACUUUAAGUGUGUUUGUAUAUUUUUUCACCUGCAUGCUGAAAGUGUACUUUUGGACAAAAAAUCUGACAUCAAAUUGCUGCGCAAGAAAGUGAUCUCGAAGCAAUGGCAGCGAAUAUUUGAACUUCAGCGAUGUGCUCCCACGGGUCCCUUCUGAAGCAUCGCGUCCCAUCAACUAAAUUCCAUCGACAAUUUGCUGAGAUGGCCAAGUGUCAAUCGUUUUUUAUUUGGAACAAGUAAAUGGAAGAUACUAAACGAUAAGGAUUUGCCAACAUGAUUUGUGGGCAGUUGUUUGAAAGGACUUCCACUGAAUGCGAACUUAUCAACAUAAAUGUGGGAGGAUACAAACAGCGAGUUGACCAUCGUACUCUGCUGCAGUUUCCAUACACCAGGUUAGGAAAACUGCUGAAAUGUGAUACCGAGGAGGAUAUUUUGGAGCUCUGCGAUGAUUACAAUGUUGUGGACAAGGAAUUCUACUUUGAUCGGAAUCCCUGCCUCUUCCGGUACAUUCUGAACUUCUACUACACUGGCAAACUGCAUGUCAUGGAAGAACUCUGUGCAUUUUCAUUCAGUCAAGAAAUUGAAUACUGGGGGAUUAAUGAACAUUUUAUUGACUCCUGCUGCAACAAUAGGUAUCAAGAGAGGAAAGAGGAUGUGGUGGAUAGAGAUUGGGAUCAGAAAAGUGAGGAGAGUAUUGACUCUUCCUUUGAGGAAUUAUCAGCCAUGGAUAAAGAUAUGGAUAAAUUUGAAAGCAUGCGGUAUGGAAAACUAAGAAUGAAUCUGUGGGUCAGGUUAGAAAAUCCUGGACAUUCGCUCUCAGCCAAGAUCUAUGCAGUUUUAUCAUUGGGUGUGGUCCUGACAUCCAUUGUGGCGAUGUGCAUUCAUAGCAUGCAUGAGUUCCAGCAAUUUGAUGCAAAUGAUAAAGAGAUAGUUCAUCCUGCUCUAGAAGGACUGGAGUUUGCGUGUGUCGUCUGGUUCACUGCGGAGUUCAUCGUGAGGUUCUCUGUUACGCCAAGUUUAAUGAAAUUCUUCAAAAAACCUCUGAACCUAAUUGACUUUGUUUCAAUCUUACCUUUCUACUUUACGCUGGCCCUGGAGACAAUGGACGAGGACAGUGAAGAGUUGGAAAAUGUGGGUAAGGUGAUUCAGAUCCUGCGUUUAAUGAGGAUAUUCCGUAUCCUGAAACUGGCUCGGCAUUCAGUGGGUCUGCGAUCACUGGGAGCCACACUCAGGCACAGCUACCACGAGGUUGGUCUCUUACUCCUCUUCUUGACAGUCGGGAUCUCUAUAUUCUCUGUCCUUGCUUAUUCUGUUGAAAAGGAUGAAAGCGAGUCAGGACUUCACAGUAUUCCCAUGAGCUGGUGGUGGGCAACCAUUAGCAUGACUACAGUUGGGUAUGGGGACACAUAUCCUGUCACAUUACUGGGAAAGCUCAUCGGAAGCAUUUGCAUUAUAUGUGGAAUUUUGGUAGUGGCUCUCCCCAUUACUAUCAUUUUCAACAAAUUUUCCAAGUACUACAGGAAGAAUAAGAUGAUAGACAUUGACCGCUGCAAUGCAGAACUUGCAGAAAGUUGUCCUGAUUUACCUUAUGUGAACAUUCGAGACAUAUAUGCCAAAAAUAUGCACUCUUUCAUAGCUAGUAUCUCUUCCAUAAUUAGCACUGAUGCCAGUGAUCACACCAUAGAUGCCUCGAGCAUCCAAGACCUUGAAACUGUUCAUAACAAUGCAACGUUUGAGAAUUGCUCAGUAAAAUAGACCAUUUACACUUUUACUUUGUUGGCUCAAGUCACUGCUUUCCUCUCAAAAUUAUGUUCUACGAUUUAUUUAUUUGUAGCACUUUAAAAUACUCAGGGUAUUAUAUGUUUGACAGACGAUGGCUAUUUAACUGAUUGUAAUAUCAUCAUGAAAAUGAAAGAAGCAUGUGAAUUAAUUUCCUGACUUCUACUUUAUGCAAGUACAUAUUGUCAUUGUUUUAUCUGUUUCUAAAUGAAAUGUCAAUGCAAUAAUAAACUCAGUAA